CAGAAGAUUUGCAAAGAAAUAUUUCACAGCCCUUGGUUUUAGGACCCAUUGAUGAUAUAGACAAGGUAUGAACAAAAUCUGAGGUGGUACAGCAACAACCUUAUCUGAUUUGACACGGAACGACCCUAUAGUGAUAUCACAACAGGUGCUUCUUCCCAUGGAUGUUGACCUUGUGGUAAAUGAUUAACACCACGGAAAAGCCCAAUAUAUCUUGACUGACCAGUGCCAAGAGGGUCAACAUUUGCCAGGUUCCUCUUCUUGUGUAGCCAAACCUGAGUGUUGAGCUGUCAUGGCAUCUUUUCUGACGAGUGGAUUCUGUCUACUGGCCGUGCUGGUCCUUGGACAGUGUGCCCAGGUGAAGAAGCCAUUUGUGUCACGCGCGGGUGUGAUGUACAACAGCAGAUCCUACACCUCCAUGAUCACGGUCAAAAAUGGGGAAAAGUUUGGCAACUGGACAUGGCCUGAGAUGUGUCCCCCAGAUUACUUUGCCGUUGGAUUCAGUUUGAGGGUGGAAUCUAAACAGUUUGCAGCGGACGACACUGCUCUGAAUGGAAUCCGUCUCAUCUGCACUAAAAAUAGUGACAGAAACUCUAUCUACUCAGUGGAGUCCCACACUGGAUACUAUGGUGACUGGACCACAACACAGUACUGCCCCACCGGCCACCUGGUGUCCUUCCAGCUGCGCGUGGAGCCCCACAAGGGCAUCUUUGGGGACGACACGGCCGCCAACAACAUCCGCUUCCGCUGCAGCAGCAACCCCACGCUGGAGGGCCACGGCAGGGACUGGGGCGAGUACGGCCACUGGAGCGACACGUGCGUCGACGGGGGCAUCUGCGGCAUCGAGACCAAGAUGGAGGAGCACCAGGGCGGCCUGGACGACUCAACACUCAACGACGUCCGUUUCCACUGCUGUAAAAGCACAGCUCAGGCUUAGCCCAAAGACAGACCUGGCUGAUCCAGAUGUCUUCACAUUUGUUGGCAGUUUGUUAAAACCACAGGAUGUUCAUGGAGAAGACAGAAGGAAAUGAAAAAUUCACAAAUAAAUUCAACAUGCAACUA